CCAGAGCAACCCGCCGAGAAACAUGGAGGCCCUGGAAGUAUUUAAUCCAGGAGAUGUGCCCACGGGACUGUCACACAGCACAGAUUCAGGCACGUGCAGGUAGGCUGUUACCAGUUUAUUAACGAAAACAGGCGCUCUGUUUUUCUGCCAUCAGAGACUAGAAAAUAAAUACACUAAUUUAAUUACUUGUGAAAGUAUGGAGGACAUUCUUUUUGACUUCGACCAGGAUGGCACCACGGAUUUUGCAUUUUGGGGACAAAUGGACCAAAGCUUCCAGUUUCAGACCCAGCUGGACACCUUGCUGUUGGACUACACCACAGCCACCGGCCAGCUCUCGCCCUGGUCCUCUUUCGGCAGUCAGUCCAUGUUCCCGGACACACAGCUGACCUUCACCGACCUCGAGGUACAGUCUCCGGGGGCGGGCGUCUGCGCUGAGGGGGAAAGCUCCUCCGUGGACGAUCCCCUGGAGGUGACCAAGCGCAGGGCGCGGCGGCUGGUGUCCCAUCAGCCCUACAAGGUGCAACGGCACGCCGCCAACAUCCGCGAGAGGAAGAGGAUGCUGAGCAUCAAUUCCGCCUUUGAGGAGCUGCGUUGCCACGUACCGACGUUUCCCUACGAGAAGCGGCUGUCGAAGAUAGACACCCUUAGGCUGGCCAUAGCCUACAUCGCCCUGCUGAGAGAGAUCCUUAUGUCAGGCUGCGACCCCAAGUCCUAUGUGGACGAGUGCAUGAAGAAUGGGUACAAGAAUCAAACCAACGCCAUCUGGAACACAAGCGAUCUGACAGCCCGCCUCUCUUGGAUAAAGUGGGAUUAACUGAGGGACAUGGGGCACCCCCAAGUGUGGAGAUGGCAGCGGGGAGGAGGUCCAGAUUUGUUCCUGCCUCUUCUCUCUCCCUCUCUCUCUACAUGUCAAAGACAGGCCCUGCGCGACAGAGCCGACCGAUCGACAUCUGCAGACUUCUCAUCAGGUCAUACACCUCAGGCUUUCUCAACCUCAAACACUCCUUCAUCCUCCGUGGCUUUUAAUAUUCUAAUUUAUUGUUGACUGGUAAUUUAGAGCCAUUGUUUCUGGGGCUGGGGAGGGAAAGUGGGUUGGCAUUGUUUGCCCAAAUGGAUGGCACUUGUCACACACAGAGGGAAAGAGAGAGGGGCACACUGGCAUGAGACUGAAUGGACUUCCUAAGGGCUCAUACUUCUGCAUGUAGCGCUCAAGUGUUUUCUGGACUCUCGCUCAUUAGUCUGCGAGUCGAUGUGUUAAAAGAGAGCCUUGAUCAUGUAAAUGAGACAAUGGGCGUGAGAAACAGAUCAGUGCAAUGUGUUUUAGCAUGUCAGGUGCUGUUUCCAAACAUGGCAAUAAGGGUAGUAGUGUACUGUUUGUUUCAACCUCU